GAAGUCUCAGACCGAUGUGACUCUGCUGCUUUGAGGGAAAUGGAUGCACAGAGGGGUCAUACCAAGUCCAGGACUCUGAACACCCUGGAAAUAAUUCUGGUGUUUCUCUUUGUGGCAAUGACUGGUACCUGCAUCGGCCUGGUGGUCAUCUACUUCACUGACAAGGCUGAUUCUUCUUCUUACACACAAGGGACACACUCAGGGUGCGGCGGUCCCCAGGAGAUGACCGGAGAUUCGGGCACCUUCACCAGCUGGAACUACCCCAGCAGUUAUGACAACGGCAAAAGCUGCAGGUGGAGCAUCACUGUGGACCCGGACAAGAAAUAGCUGGAGCUGGUGGUUUUCUUCAAGGUGAUCAGGGGGAUCUGAUGACUCCAGGCCAUCCAGAGCAGAACUACCUGAAUGGAGCACUCUACCAGUGGAGAAUCUCAGUGCCUGAAGGCGAGAGGGUCCGAUUGACAUUUACCUCUUUUGACCUGGUCCCUGAGGUCUGCGGAGACUUUAUUCAAAUCUAUGAUGGCCACACACCCGGCUCAUCUUUAAUAGGUAAACUUUGUGGAGGUAGCACACCGAAGCCUGUGGAGUCCAGAGGCAACACAAUGAUUGUACGCUUCAAAUCUGACAACCGUUUCAACUCCAAAGGAUUCAAGGCAGUUUACACAAAAUCCAGCCUUCCUCCUGUAGUUAUUCCCACAACAACAGCAACAACAAGCACGGCCACGUCAACACCCACCACAGAAACACCUUCCACAACUGGAAGUGGCGGUCCUGUAGUUAUUCAAGGGAGGAAAGGUGUCAUCCAGUCUUCAGGGUACCCAAACUCCUAUCCUGCUCAUUCCAAUGAUUCCUGGAAGAUAUCUGUGUCCAGAGGCCUUCUGGUUAAGCUGCAGAUCACAGACCUGGCCAUCACAGGAGAGACGGGACAAUGCAAAGGGGAUAAGCUGAUCGUCUCAGACACCUACAGCAUUCUUGGUACAAACUGUGGCCACAUCCUCCCCCCACUGCUGGUCAGUGCCAGUAACACCGUUUCUGUCACCUUUCAGUCUGACAGUCGCCUCACAGACCGAGGAUUCUCAGCCAGGUGGGAGGCUGUGUAUCCUGAGGACAUUGCAGAAAUCCUGGGCUGUGGCUUUUCUUCCAAAGAGGAAGCUGGGAUCAUCAAGUCCCAGAACUGGCCAAUGAACUACAAGGCUAAUGCAGAGUGCAUGUGGAACAUUGCCGUGCCUUUCGGGAAAAAAAUCAGCCUCACGUUCACCCACUUUGACCUGGAAGCCGAAGAUUUUCUAACAUCUAAAUGCUACGAUAACAUAAUGUUGUAUGACAUCAAUGGUUUGACUAAUACACUGAUCCAAACGCACGGUCCAUUUUGUGGAACUGAGCUGCCUGGGGGCAUCCAGACAAAAGGCAACAGGUUGCUGAUUCGGUUUCAUACAGAUCUGUUUACUGAGGCUAAAGGCUUCAGAGCCUACUGGACUACAAAGCCCGGUCUUCCUGUUCCCACUGAGCCGCCUGUUCAGCCAAACCCGUGGGACGACAUCCCCAUAGACUGGCCCAGUACAUGCGGGAAACCAGCGAUUCCUCCUGCUGUCCUCUCUCGCAUUGUGAAUGGAGAACCAGCCACAGCACACUCCUGGCCCUGGCAGGUGUCCAUGCAGGUCUGGCCUUCCAGUCAGACUGAGCCAUCAUUCUCUCACAUCUGUGGUGGCACUCUCAUUCAUAAGAACUGGGUGCUCACAGCAGCCCACUGCUUUAUAAGAUAUGCCGAUGAGUUGCAUCGUUGGCGCAUGUGCCUGGGCAAGCACAAUCUGACCUACACAGAGCCGAGCGAAAGCUGCAUCAACAUAUCAGGCAUCCAUCGUCACGAGGGCUUCGAGUACCCCACCGUCCCCUCUGUAGAGUAUGACAUCGCCCUGGUGAGGCUGGCUGAGGCUGUGGUUCCCAGAGACGAGAUAUCGUUUGCCUGCCUUCCCUCUGAGGAGGAAGUCCUCCCUGCAGGGAAGAAGUGCUAUGCUACAGGCUGGGGAGACGAGACAGGUGACUCGCUUAAUGCUAAAGCUUCAGAGACCCUCAACCAGGUGGAUCUGCCUGUCGUGCCGUACGACACCUGCAAACGGAUGGAUUACUGGUGGUUUCAGGUCAAGCCCUCCAUGAUCUGCUGCGGUUACAUUAAACCUGAUGAGCUGAAAUCAGUCUGCCAGGGAGACUCGGGAGGCCCGUUGGUUUGCCAGGAUACUGCAGGUGCUUCCUGGGAGAUUCAUGGGAUAACCAGCUUUGGCCCUAUUGGAUGCAUUAUGGAUAAAAAGCCCUCUGUGUUCACCCGUACCUCUGCCUACCUCCCCUGGAUCUCAAAUGUGAUCCGUAGGGACAUCUACAAUCAGCAAACAUCGGGUUGUGGAGGACCAAAGGUCUUGACCGGCACUGGUGGCACCAUUUCCUCCAUGGGUUAUCCUGGCACCUACAGCAACAAAGCCCGCUGCCAGUGGACCAUCGAGGUGCCUGCGGGAAAGCUGGUCUACCUUCAGUUCAACAGUUUCUCGCUGGAGGAGAGUCAGCUGUGUGUGAACGACAAGGUCAGCCUCACGGACAACGUGGGAAGUCUGGGCACCUACUGCAGUCACACUCCACCAAACGAUGUGGUCAGUGAUGGAGAUACACUUCACAUCGGCUUCUCCUCCAAUGACAAGGUGGUGGACACAGGCUUCAGCGCCACCUGGAAGGCGGUGGACCCUGCACAAGCUCCCUGUGGGGGAAGUUUCAGCACUAAUUUGGGUGAAAUCACCUCUCCAAACUGGCCUGAGAACUACCAAGCCCAGACUGUGUGCACAUGGCGUAUCAGCGUUCCUUCCUCAGGAAGUCUUCAUGUCGUCUUCACUCACUUUGAGCUGCAAGCUAAAGUGUUGGGAAAAUGUGUGGAUUACGUGGAGAUCUUCGAUGGGGAAGGCAUGUCCCUAUUUGGUCACUUCUGUGGCCUCUCCGUCCCGCCUGCCUUCACUGUUCCAAGCAACAAAGUCGUGAUCCGCUUUCUGAGUAACGGAGCUAAUCAACAGAAGGGUUUUCGUGGAUACUGGACCUCUGAUGCCAGUGUUGUCCCAACUUUACCACCUCCUUCUCCAAACCCAUGAGGCAACGUCACUAUUGGAACAAAUACAACCAGGGAGGUGCACGGCAACGUCAUCUUCAAUCCUCACGGCUGUUUCAAAGACAAGGACCCCUCAGCUGUUCAUUCCAGUAUCGGCCUUUGGCGAUAGAAUAAGCAACAUCCAAAAUGUAUUUAUGAAAGCAACAUAUAAAAACUGAAAAAUAUAAUUUAUUUUCCAAAGGUUUGACUUUAAUGUUUAUUGCAGUUUAACCUGCACAAGUUGUAUUUUAACACUCAGCAUUCAGUUUUUCUAUGUUAAAACUGACCAAGAAAAUGAUGCUUGGUGAUGCUGUUCAUGCUGUGUGUUCAGGAUUUUCUGGAUGCUGUAACAAUGCAAACGAGGAGAAACUGUUUAUUAUGACAUUAUUAACAACUUUAUCAUGUCUUCAAAUGGUUUUGUAUAAUUCAACAGUAAGUAGUAUAAA